UAUUUUAUCUAUCAUCAGUCAUUGUAUUAGAUACAAUCGAAGAGUUUAAUUUUAUAGACGAUUGCAACGCUUUUUAAUCGUGCCAGUUUACAUUGCAUUUAUUAUUUGCAAAUGUCCGGCGAUUAAUCGUUUUUGAUCUCAGUCAAAUUCGUCCGUUCUCAAAAGCGCUUACAUUACAUUAACAGUGUUACUGAUAGAUAUCAGCUGUUCUAGUAAAUAAAGAACAGCAUUUCGAUAUGGAUAUCGUUGAAAAUGUUACGAAAAAUGAAGAAAACAGUAAAGAAAAUGUACGUAUAUCAGAAGAAAAGAGCAAUUGUUUAUCCGAAAUAUGUGAAGGGAAUGAAAAUUGGUAUUAUAUGCCGGAUUCCAUUCUUUUAAAUAUUUUUCAAUAUUUAACACCAAGAGAGUUGACAAUUGCUGGAGAAGUAUGUAAAUCAUGGUAUAGAGUAUCGCAUGAUGAAUUUCUUUGGAAAGAUCUGUUCUAUCAAACAUACAAAAUAGAUCCGGACAUCGGCAUUAUGCCAGGAAAAACUUCAUGGUUAGGAGAAUUUAAACGUUUAACAUAUCAUACACCACUUUUAGAAACAGAAGUACUUAAAGAACAUUCCCAUCAAGUUUUACAUGUUAGUUUUUCACAUAAUGGAAAAAUGUUUGCUACUUGUUCAAAAGAUGGAUACAUUUUUGUUUGGGAAAGUCAAUAUCCUGUUAGUAUAAAAUAUCUUCAUGAUAUGAAAACAUUUAGUUGGAAAUAUACACAAUUUUCACAAUUUAAUUCUUCUGAUACUUUGCUACUUGUUUCUGGUGUACAUUUUGGAACUCCUCUCAGUACUUCGGGUGAAAUAGCAGUAUUUAGAUUAGCACCUGGCUUUGAUCUUCAAUGUAGAGUAAUAAAUAAACCUUAUGAUAUAUUUGGUACAUGGUACAGUGAACAUUACCUUAUAAGUGGAAAUUUAUGUUGGUUAGCACACUUAGUUAGUACUAGUCUCUUAUGGCUUAAUAAGGCAAAUCAAGAGACAUCUAGUGAACAUGUACCUAUUAUGACACAAUUAUUUAGAUUUUACAAUGGUAAUGCAUCAUCACUUCGAGCAAUAAUGAUAGCUAACUGUUUAACACCUGAACAAAAUGAAUCUGAAGAACAACAUAAUCAGCCUUCAUCUUCUAAUAUUAAAGAAGAAAGAGGAAAUCCACCAAGUCAUAAAGAUAUUUCAUCUGCAUCUUCUAGUGAUACUUUACAAGAAGAACCUGUUGUUCUUCGUCAUGCAUCAUCCAGAUUACAAUAUAGUACAUUGGAAGGGGGAUUCAUGAAUUGGAAAAAACUUGGUGAUGGUUUUGAAUAUGCUAAUCCUAUACAAUAUAAUCAGGAAUAUAGACAAGUAGAAAUGGAAAAAAAAGCUCAGGAAAAUGACAAAAAAAAUGAAAAUUCUUUGUGGAAUAAAUCUGGAAAAUCAUCAGAUAUAAAAGAAAGUGAAGACGAAUUAUCAAAUAAUUGUGAAAAAUAUCUUAUUUUUACAACUGGAUCAAAAACUUAUACGCCUCAUCAAGUGGGUUUCAAGAGAAUAAAAAAUGUAAAAUUUCCUGCACGAUUAGAUCCAGGACCAUCAUUACGUGAAAGAAUAGAACAAAGAGAAAGAGAACGAGAAAGACAAAAUUCUUAUGCAUUUAUUACUAAUUGGUUGGAUUAUGAAUCUGUAGCUGAUCAAUUUGAUAAAGUAGAUCACUUAAUUGAUUUGCAUGGACAUAUUAUAGGGAUGGGAUUAUCUCCAGAUCAUAGAUAUUUGUAUGUAAAUACAAGACCAUGGCCCCGAGGUUACGUUAUUACAAAUCCAUUACAACCUCCGCCAAUAGCUCAAGAAAUUGAUAUACAUGUUAUUGAUUUAGUAACAUUAAAGCAAGUUGGUACCAUGCUAAGAGCUCAUAAAGCAUAUACACCAAAUAAUGAAUGCUUCUUUAUUUUCCUUGAUGUAUGCAAUGAAUAUGUAGCCAGUGGAGCUGAAGACAAACAUGGUUAUCUUUGGGACAGACAUUAUGGAGUAUGUUUAGCUAAAUUUCCUCAUUCUGAUGUUGUUAAUUCUGUUGCUUUCAAUCCAUGUGAUCCUGAAAUGUUAGUCACAACUAGCGAUGAUUUUACUGUUAAAGUUUGGCGUAGUCGAGCUGUAGUUCGUUCAUUAGGAUUAAAUGAAGAUUCUUUCCGUAGAGGUAUGGAAGUACGUAAUAGGCGAAAAUUUCGAAAAAGUAGUUGUAAUAUUGAUUGACUAAAGACUAUUAAAUUUCCAAUUUAAAUUUCUAUUUAAAAUUUUAAAAAAUAUAUUAAAUUACUUUACUUAUAUGUUCUAUUUAAAUGUGUAAUAUAUUAAUAUAUGAAUUCAUAAAUUCUAUUUUUAAUUAAAUAGAAUUUAAUAAUAGGAUACAUAUGAUUACACAUUUAU